CGGUCUCGGUCACCGACCCAAACCCAAACCCCAGAGAACCCGCGGCGCGCUGAAAUACGUACCCCGGCCGCUUCUCCCCUCCUCGUCUUCCUCCUCCGCCGGGCCCUUUCCCUCGCCCGCGCCCUCCACAUCGCCAUCGGAGCCUUCCAGAUCGAAGCCAGGGCAGGGCUCCCUCCCUCCGGCCCCGUCGGUGUUGUUUGAGUAUUAAUUUGCAGGACUGAUCGUCAGAGCUAGCAGCAGUGAAAGUAAAUGGCGUCUUCUGAUGAAGCCGGCGACGACAAUUACGGAUACAAAACGGGGAAAAAAGAAUACAUGAUGGAGACUGUGCAAUGCUUGCUAUUUGCUAGAGACAACCUCCCCAGCGACGUGUACCGCGAGUUCGUCAAGGCCAUGACCGAGGUUUGGAAAAACUGUGCUGACCCGGAUGGUGAAAUAAGGAACAUCUGCCCUGAAAACUGCAUAGAGACGGCGUUGAAGCUAUUUCAGGGUUGGGCUACAGUUAAACAGAGCUUCCUUAACUUCACUGAAGGCCGUAGCCCCGUCGAAGGCAAUGGCAUUGUCGAUGCUGAUGUCGAAGCCGUUGUUGUCAACCCCUUGCUACAGAAACCAAUAGAUUUUCUUUCCGGACUGAAGGCAUGCCCUAACAUGAGCGACGAUCAUUAUGCCGCUUUUUUGAAAAUCAUGCAAGAUUAUUUCAGGGACAGGACCAUGACCCCUCGAAAAGUUUACAAGAAGGUGAGGAGAUGCAUGCGUGACUGUCCUGAGUUGUUGGAAGAGUUUGUGGAUAAUUUUCUCCCUGCAGACCUAAAGGCCUUUGUAAAGGUUAAAGCAAAUGAUAACCGCCGCUCGGAUGGUAUCCAUAUGAAAGAAGGUUACGGAGAAUUGCCUCACGCCGAAGAGGAUGAGGAAGACAAGGUUAAACCCUUGCCAGACUGGAAUUCCUCAAAAGCUCAGGAAUUGCCCCCAGAAGUUGAUCCCAAGAAGCUCGAACGAGCUUGCACUCCUAGCUAUUACCUGCUGCCAGAUAAUUUAACUCUUCAUUCAAGUUAUUGGACCAAUCUGGGGAGGUCUAUUCUCAACGAUACUUUUGUCUGUUCUGUAUCUGGGAUGGAAAGCUCUAAGCACAAAACUAUAAAUGGUUAUGAGACAAACAUUUUCUACUGUGAAGAAGACAUGUUUGAGAGUGACAUGCUAUUACACCGGUUUCGUGCGACUGCUGACCUUAUUGCCAAUCUCCAAACUCGUGCUGGCAGCCGUUUGAAGAUAAGCGAGCAUUUAACUCCUCUACACCGGAGGUGCAUUGAAAAACUAUAUGAUGAUGAUCCUGAGCUUGAUGAUCUGUUGGAGAGUCCGAAUACUAGUUCUGUUCUUGCUGUUCUACUUUCUCGUUUAAAGCAGAAGGUAGAAGAUUUAUCGGAGGCGCGCUCAUAUUUGCAUAAGGCGCACUCACAAGUUAUUGCCAAAAAUUACUACAGAUCGCUUGAUCAUCGUGGCCUCUCUUUCAAACAAUUGGAUGCAAAGAGGAUGAGCCAAAAAGCAUUGCUGGCGGAAGCAAAUGAGAUCAAUAAAAAGAAUUCGAAAGCUGGAGAUAAAAAUGCUGAUACAGGCAUGUUGAAUGCUGGAGAUAAAUAUGCUGAUACAGCCAUGUCGAAUGCUGGAGAUAAAUAUGCUGAUACAGACACGUCGAAUGCUGGAGAUAAAUACGCUGAUACAGACAUGCACAAGGACAUAAGCAGUAUACUAUCCGCUGCAUGUGCCUCCGAAGAGAAGCAGGUGAUGAAUUGGGCGAAAAUAGUACAUCCAUUUCUUUCUGCUCAUUGUCUAUGGCCUUCAUCUAAGGAAACUGUAGCUCCCGCAAAAGCUUGUGAACAUUGCCGCACCAGCAAAGAUUUUCUCAGUAGAAUACCUGAUGCUUUGCCUGCUACUAAGCUUUCUUCAUCUUCCAAGAGAGGGGAAUUCCUAAAGAAAAAAUCUAAUGACUUGAGCUCUUCACAUGAUGGUUUUGGCCAAGACAUUGAUCAGGAGGGUGAUUUCAUGCCCGAACCAGAAAUCAUUGAGUUGGAUGUCAUGCUUGGUGCCAGAAAAGAACCAGUAAGUUGUGAUGUUGGCACUUCCGGUAUAGAUGGGUUGAGCUCUCGUUGUCGUAUAAUCGAUACUUCUGAACCUAGUACUCGUGACCAUGGAAACAAACAUGAGAAGCAGCAUGAAUCAAGUCAACACUCCAAAACAUCAGCUAAACUGCGUGGUGUGAAAGGAGGCACUUGUUGUUUUCUCAUUGUGCUUCGCAGGCUUUACCAGAUUUUAUAUGACAGACUACAAACUGCGAGAGGUUUAUGCGCCGAUGAUCUAUUAUAUGCAGAGUUUAAGGAUAAAAUCAUCAAGCUACAUGCCCAUUGUAUUGAUAAUUCCAGUUUUGAAGACUUCUGCCUGCAAUUUCUUGGGCCAAAGUCCGUUGAACUUUUUACUCUGGAUAUAGUGAUAAACCGAGUUAUCAAGCAGUUGUGCAUAAUUUAUUCAAGAGAUCAAGACAACUCGCUCUUCCAAUUCCUUGAGAACUUUGGAAGACCAGUUCUACCCAAACCUGUGUUCAGCCAUCAAAACUAUGAUCAAGAGGAGCAAGAGAAAGCUCUUGCCGAUACCGAAAAACUUCCGCGCCAUUUUGAGAGAAGGAAAAAACGCAAGUUGGAGAACAGUGCAACGAUUUCCUCAGCUUGGAGUUCCUCUCAGCUCGGAGCAGUGACGGAAACUCAUGGUUGAAUGUUAUACCUUGGUGUAUUGUACAUGCUAGAUGUGAUUAUUCGAAAUAUUGUUACAAUUAAAUAGAUAAAUAUAAUUUUGCUUGUUAUAAGGAACUACUUGAAUCCCAUGAAUUUAGUUAGAAAACAAAAAAACAAAAAUCUUAAUGUGCUUUGGUAAGCCCAGAUAACUGUUCGGUUCUAAUCCCAUGCAAUUGAUGUCAUUUUCGCGAAAAAAUAGUAUGCAGUUCAAUUCUGUUCUUUUUGCAUAAUGCAUUUGAAACUUCUAAUCGCUUCCUCCUGGGCCUAGCCAUUGUAUACCUCCUACCCUCCUUUUUAUAUUGUCAUUUUACAAGUGAUGCUUGUUGCUUGUUUUCAGUUGUUCUGUUUCCUUUUUCACGCAUUUUUUUGUUUUUUAUCUGAUGUAUCUUAGUUAUUUGCCGUUUGAAUUUGUAGGUUGUUAUUCAUUUUAAUUGUAAUGGUAUACAAAGAAAAUGGAAAUUGAAAUUGUGAUCAGGUUAUUUUGAGUUCUCGCUUAUUCUCACCAUGGAAAAUGUAAGAUAUAAUUUCUAAAGAGAUCACCAAGUUAUUAGAUACAUUAUUACUGUAAAUACAGUUUUUAACCUGACGAUGCCAUGGUCGCUGGGUAUAGUCAGGGAGGGGUUUCUUGAUCUUGAUCUUGAACCAUCAUGAACUUUCCUUAAGGGUACAUCUCAUUGUAGUUCUUGACCAUGAGCCCAAGUUCCUCAUCCAUAGAACCUUUGCGGAUUUAUUCAUUUGAGAUCU